AUGGUCGGGCAGACGAGGAGUAAGCUCAAAGAAGCGGCUUCAGGGCCGGCGCACUCCUCCCGAUCCGUGCCGUCCAGGCGGCGGCGCCGGGCCACCGGAGCCGGGGAGCCGGAGAUGGAGGAGCCGCAGGCGGAGGUGGAAAAGCCGCAGCCUCCUUUGCCCGUAGGCGGGGGGAACCUGCCGGGGGGCGCCCGGAACUACUCGCCGAGGAGGACCCGAAAUCUGAACGCGCAGAACUACAUGCAAAUGGAGGUGAUCGCGAAGACCCUUCUUCUUGGCCGCUUCCAGUUCCUCACCUGUUUGCUGGAGCAGCUCCGCGACAUAGUGCAGCAGCUGCGGAGACGUCAGGUCAACAGCAGGACCUCUUUGGGCAUAGCUGCAUUUGUGGGAGUUUUGCACUGGAUACAUUUAGUAACACUUUUUGAAAAUGAUCGUCAUUUUUCCCACCUAUCAUCUUUAGAACGGGAGAUGACUUUUCGAACUGAAAUGGGACUUUAUUAUUCCUACUUCAAGACCAUUAUUGAAGCACCUUCAUUUUUGGAAGGACUGUGGAUGAUAAUGAACGACAGGCUCACUGAAUAUCCCCUUGUAAUUAAUACAGUGAAACGCUUCCACCUUUAUCCAGAGGUGAUUAUAGCCUUCUGGUAUCGCACAUUUGUGGGAAUAAUGAAUUUAUUUGGGCUAGAAGCUAAGACCUGCUGGAAUGUCACCAGAGUAGAACCUUUAAAUGAAGUUCAAAGUUGUGAAGGAUUGGGAGACCCUGCUUGCUUUUAUGUUGCUGUGAUUUUUAUUUUAAAUGGAGUAAUGAUGGGAUUGUUCUUCAUAUAUGGUGCAUACCUGAGUGGGACUCAACUUGGAGGUCUAAUUACAGUAUUAUGCUACUUUUUCAACCAUGGAGAGGCUACCCGUGUAAUGUGGACACCACCUCUCCGGGAAAGUUUUUCAUAUCCAUUUCUUGUACUUCAGAUGUGCAUUUUAACUUUGAUUCUCAGGACCGCGAUCAGUAAUAGAAGGCAUUUUAUUGCACUCUGUCUUUCCAAUGUUGCUUUUAUGCUUCCCUGGCAGUUUGCUCAGUUUAUACUUUUUACACAGAUAGCUUCAUUAUUUCCCAUGUAUGUUGUGGGGUACAUUGAGCCAAACAAAUUUCAGAAGAUCAUUUAUAUGAACAUGGUUUCAGUUCUCCUUUGUUUUGUGUUGAUGUUUGGAAAUCCAAUGUAUUUAUCUUCUUAUUAUUCUUCAUCUUUGUUAAUGACUUUGGUGAUAAUUCUAAAGAGAAAUAAAAUUCAAAGAUUGGGAGUAUCUGAACUCAACUUUUGGCUGAUUCAAGGCUGUGCUUGGUUGUGUGGAACAAUUAUUUUGAAAUUUCUGACAUCUAAAAUCUUAGGUGUUUCAGAUCAUAUUCGCCUGAGUGACCUUAUAGCAGCCAGAAUCCUAAGGUAUACAGAUUUUGAUACCUUAAUUUACACCUGUGCUCCUGAAUUUGACUUCAUGGAAAAAGCGACUCCAUUGAGAUACACAAAGACAUUAUUGCUUCCAGUUGUUAUGAUGAUUACUUAUUUUAUCUUUAAAAAGGUUUAUCGUGAUAUUUUAUAUGUCUUAUCUGCAAACACUUAUCUAAGAAAACAGCUCCUUGAACAUGGUGAGCUGAUUUUUCACACAUUGCAACUGUUAGCAUUCACUGUCCUUGCCGUUUUAAUCAUGAGGCUGAAGUUGUUUUUAACACCUCACAUGUGUGUUAUGGCUUCCUUGAUAUGCUCUCGAAGGCUCUUUGGAUGGAUUUUUUGCAGAGUUCGCUUUGAGAAUGUUAUCUUUGGCAUUCUAACAGUGAUGUCAAUACAAGGUUGUGCAAACCUCCAUAAUCAAUGGAGCAUAAUAGGAGAAUUUAAUAAUUUGCCUCAGGAAGAACUGAUACAAUGGAUCAAAUAUAAUACCAGACCAGAUGCUGUGUUUGCAGGUGCCAUGCCUACGAUGGCCAGUGUCAAGCUGUCUACCCUUCACCCCAUUGUGAAUCACCCACAUUACGAGGAUGCAGACUUGAGGGCCCGCACAAAAAUAGUUUAUUCCACAUAUAGUCGAAAAUCUGCAAAAGAAGUGAGAGAGAAAUUGUUGGAGUUACAUGUGAAUUAUUACAUUUUAGAAGAGGCAUGGUGUGUUGUGAGAACUAAGCCUGGUUGCAGUAUGCUGGAAAUUUGGGAUGUGGAAGACCCUUCCAAUACAGCUAAUCCUCCCUUAUGUAGCAUCUUGCUCAAGGACGGGAGGCCUUACUUCACCACAGUAUUUCAAAAUAGUAUGUACAGAGUACUAAAGGUUAACUGAAAACAAGACAACCCAUCACACUGUGUGUAGAAAGCAAUCACUUUGCCUUAUUUAUUUUAAUAAAAAUCACAAGCUUUAAUAAGGGACCCUUAAAAAGAAGAUAAUAAAAAUGAUUUCAAGUUAUUCU